AAGAAUAAAUUAAAUAAAGAUUCUUGAUGGUAGAUAUAUAAAAGGAUAGUUCUUUCUCUCCUUUGCCAAAGGAAUGACUAAUUUUGUUCUCACUCAGUUAAUUAUUUUUUGCUGAUAUGGUUGCAGCAAUAGAAAGAGAUGUAUAGAAAUGGGGCUAAACCAUAGAAAGAAAAAAACUGGGAGGAAGCUGGUUUAAAGUAACAAAACCAAAAUAAAUUAUGGGAUAUUGAGAGAGAGAGAAGUAAUAUGUGAGAAGGGUGGUAUGUUUCCAAAUUUGCUUCUUGUGGAGAAAAAAAAAAGGUUUAAGAGACAGGAUAAAGUGCCGGGGUGCCUCAGGUGCAGCUGGGAGGAGAAGAGGCAGGACAAUCAAUGAAAAAAAGAAGGAGGGUUUGUGUGUCGGUGUGUGUAUGUGCACAAAAGAGAGAGACAGACUUGAGUGUGCAAGCUAAAGAGACAGUGUGGCGAGGAAGGGAGGGUGGGAGGGAAGUGUAUGCCAGGCACAGCAUCGCUUCUCUCUGCACCAGGGCUGAGGGACUCUUCGUCCCGUCCUUCCCUCGCUGCAGAUUUUUCUCACUUCCAUCAGCGCAGUCAUUGCUAUUUAUUUAUUUAUUUUUACCCUCCCAUGCUGCUUUGGACGUAUUGCAUUGUCCCGCAUGAGCCACGUAUGCCAGGAUCUAAGGAUUUAUUUACUGAGAACAUGGACUGCCAUUUUUGUCUAUGGUAAAAUGGGCUCUGUUCAAAGGAUGCUGCUUGUAAGUGGGACUUGAUCUCUUCUUUAUGACGCUCCAGUGGAUUCCAGUGUUUUUAAGUUGCUAGUGUUAUGUCGGGAGUAAGACAUUGAAGACCACCGUGGAAGGAUGUAUGAUCCCACAUGCUUAAAACUUAAAAAAAACUUGAAAAGGAAAAGUUCUAAAAUGUAAGGUAGCAUCAAAACAAAGUAUUGAACCACACCAACCUGUCAAGCUCUUCAAAAUGUCCCCAAAAAAUUCAAGAGACAGCAUAACAGUGUAAAUGAUUCCAUUGUUGUUUUGUUUUGAAGCUCUUCUCCUAAAUUGUUUGCUACCGGAUUGCCGAGGAGUUGAAGUGAGUGGAGCGCUGAGUUAGUCAGCUGGCCUCACAUUGCUCCUGGAGAUUCCUUUCACCUGCCUGGAUGCAACCCUGAUUUUUCAUACUUUCAUCUACAGCUGAUGAUUAAAAUUUGCCUUUCUUUUGCAAAAUCCUCUCCUGAAGGCUGAGACUUAUUUGCAUAUCUCCAUCGGAAUACAAGACCACUUCAUCUGCAGGAUUUACCAAGAUUUUUUUUAAUUGCUGCACUAAAGGACCCUACAUUUUUAUUUUCUCCCGUCACCAUGAGUGUUGAGAGGACUGUGACAUUAUCUCUCGUGGAGAUCCCCUUGUUGUUCUAGCCAGUGUCUGUGUUUUGAUUCAGACAAAAGCUGGGCAUACAUGGGAUCCAGACACUGACCAGAGGACCACAAAAAUCAUAAAAGCCUACUGCACAAUAAACAUACUUUCAACCAAAAAAGGUGAAUUGAUGGACUUUAUAAAAAAUUCUAUUUAAAAAAAUCAAACUGCAUUUAAUAGCAAACCUAGAGAGACUCUGUGGGUGGUCUGAAAUGUAUUUCAAGCAGUAGCUCUCUCAAAAUGAAUCGCUUCAUGUCUACAACUUCAGAAAUGUGCUGCUUGAUCCAUCGUGUGCAUUUGUCAAGAAAGAAGAGCGCUGGUUUUUGCUUUAAGCUUUAACCUUUUGUGGCCUCCUUUCUCACAUCUUCUAAGCUUAUAUCCCCUACCUCCUGGUGGCAACUCUCAUUAAAAUCAUGCGAUGAGGCCUCACACAGGGAGGCAAAGCAGCAGGGAUACUCACCUUUGGGAUAGAUACUGGCAACAGCACUAAAGCUUUAACACUUUUGGUUUACUGAAGGAAUAACACUUUUUUUUCUCCUCCACCAUCCCAGAUGUUAUCCAUCCACUUUUUCCUCUAAACAUGUUUGAUUGGAAAGUAGAGCUGAACUGGUUGUCCUACCCUCCCAGCGGUUUUAUCAAUUUCCUCCAGUCAAUGAUCAUUUGAUUGGGAGCCAGCGAUGUAAGAGUAAACCAAGACCAGACAUGAUUGUGUUUGGGAGAACACUCAGCUUUGUGAACUGAGACUGGCUGCAAUUGCUUGACUGGAAAAAAACAAGAGGAGACUUGCAGUUAUUCAGUUUCACGACUGCUUCUUCAAGGAUUAGACACAACAACCUACCAGGUUUGCAGCCACAACGAUGAACCAGUCUGAACUGACAACCGACCAGAUUGUGACUGCCAACAGCAGCCGCGGAGACCUUUUUCCCGGCAGGACAUUCAACCACUCAUGUCCUUUAGGCUGGGGGCUGAGGGAAGGCUUGGACGCUUGCAUUCUGGAGACUGCUGUCAUUGUACUCUUGACUGUGCUCAUCAUUGCAGGAAAUUUGACAGUGAUUUUUGUUUUUCACUGUGCCCCUCUGCUGCACCACUACACUACCAGUUAUUUCAUCCAGACCAUGGCCUAUGCCGACUUGCUGGUGGGACUCAGUUGCCUUGUUCCCACCUUGUCUUUACUUCACUACCCAGCUGGUGUCCAAGAACCAAUUACAUGCCAGGUUUUUAGCUACGUCAUCUCUGUCCUAAAGAGUGUAUCGAUGGCAUGUCUAGCCUGCAUUAGUGUAGACCGUUAUCUGGCUAUAACCAAACCACUAUCAUACAACCAACUGGUGACACCAUGCAGGUUAAGAGGCUGCAUUGCCCUUAUCUGGGUCUACUCAAGCAUGGUUUUCCUGCCCUCCUUUUUCGGUUGGGGUAAGCCAGGAUAUCAUGGGGAUAUAUUUGAGUGGUGUGCACACUUUUGGCCAACCUCUGCCCUAUUUACAGGGUUUGUGGUGUGCUUGCUUUAUGCACCUGCUGCACUUGUUGUCUGCUUCACCUAUUAUCACAUCUUUCGUAUUUGCCAACAACACAACAGAGAGAUCAGCGAACGGCGAGCGCGCUUCCCAAGCCAGGAAAUGGAGACCGAAGAGGGAACUGGAGGAGGGCAUCAUGGAGGGCAUGGACCCGAUCGGCGCUACGCCAUGGUGCUCUUCCGAAUCACUAGUGUUUUCUACAUGCUUUGGCUACCAUACAUAAUCUACUUUCUUUUGGAAAGCUCCCAUGUCCUGAAUAUUCCUGCGCUUUCCUUCAUCACCACUUGGCUGGCUAUUAGCAACAGUUUUUGCAAUUGCGUCAUCUACAGCCUGUCAAAUAGCGUUUUUCGACUGGGAAUGCGCAGGCUGUCACAGACUAUGUGCUCUUUCAGCCAUUGUGCUGCUGAUGACAGAGACUUUGGGGAGCAUAAACCUAGGAAGAGGGCAAAGUCAUGCUCCAUUUGAAGGAAUUACUCAUGAGGAUUGAACUGGAAUUCUAAAAAUUAAAAAGAUGUCCUGCUUAAGUAGCAGCUAAACUGGGAUUGCCGAAAAGGAUACCCGGACACGUCUGUGUUUUUUUUCCCCUGUAUUCCUGUAUCUAGACUGAUGUUCAAGUAUUUUUUUUUAUCUUUUACAUUCCAUUUUAUGCUGAAAUUCAGGUCAAGGCGAGCAGUGAAAAUAAAAACAACAAAUCUCUAAAGAUUCACAAAGCAUUUGUUUGACUUCAAGCAUGUCAAGUAAAACGUGACAUUGCUGCUUCACACUUUUUAGUUUUUGUUGUGAUUUUUAUCAACCUUUCAUUGGAUGUCUUCCCAGCUUCUCAAGUGUAUUUUAUACCCCACUGUUAUGUGCACUCAAAUGUGCCCUCUCUUUUAAAGUUGUAAAUGAGUAUUACAUUUCAAAACCACACAAUGACCAUGCCUAAUGUUGCUAAUAGAUGACAGGCCGUGUGCUGCCUGAAUUGCUCUCGUAAGGACAGCGAGAAAUCUUUUUUUUUCUCUAAAUGUAUUGCAUAUUGAUAGCAUCAGGGGCCAUACCACUUAAUUUCUACUAAUAGUUUUGUUGCCAAUGCUAAUAAUUGAAGUUUGAGAGAAACUUAUAACAUCUACUAAAAGGAAACUUUUUAAAAGCAAGAACUGACUGUUAAUACCAUGUUUUGACACUAUAGCAUUUAGUAAAGGGUUACUUUUUAAUUUCCGUUUAGGGAGUGGUAACAUGUAUUACAAGAAAAUUUUGUAUUGUGCAAAAUUAGUUAACUUAUUUGUCUAUUAUGGACAAAGCCAAAAUGUUAUGCAUUUCUUUUUUUUUACUUUUAAUUAAGAUAUUUGGCUACCAAAUAGGUGUUGCUCCUUCAAAUUACCUCAUCUUUAGUUAAGUUGAAGAUUUUGAUUGUUUUAGUCCAAGUUUGAACUUCUAACUGCUGAAGCUGGUAAAUUGAUAUUCUUUAAAUGCAAGCACGCCAUACCAUUUCUACAGAAUUGUUGGAAAAAAGAAACAUUUAUUAAUAUUUAUUUAAUAUUUAUUUAUUGUUGUUUUUUUUAGUUUGUUUUUCAGAGCUACUCUCAUACCCUCACACAGAUUUAGCCACUGAAAAUAGAAACCUUAACUUAACAGUGGUUUGAAGUUCUGCUUGCUAUAGGUGGAUUUUAUUCUCAGAGGAUCUGCAAAGACUUAGAAACAAUUUGCAGCUUAUAAAAAAUUAUUUAUGUACGGUUAAUAUAAGUAAUAAUAAAAAACAAAAGUAAAUGUAUGAAAACUUUGAAUUAGAAAAAAAUAGGAUAAAGUAAGUUUGUGCUAUUUCACUGUCAUUUGUGCCAAGCAACCACCAGUAGGAAUACACAGAACAACUGUAUGUGAUAAAAUGUAUAAUUGAUUGUAAAGAUCAUAUAUGAGAUGUGCUGCUAAAGAUACAUUGGUUUUAUUUCUAUACAAUUUUCUAAACAGUGAUAGUUUUGUGAGGAUAUUGUGUUUUUUUUUUUUUUU